UUGUCAAAAACAUUGUCGUGUAUUUCACAUAUUUUACGUACGAAAAAUUUGCUUUAGAAAUUAUUAAAAUUACUAUAAAUACUCCUAGGAAUAAUCUGUAUCAGUAUAUAAAGGCGAGCCCUCGUAUAGAAGUGUUUACUAGUGAUGUUAGAAAUCAGUUAUAGCCAUGAAUCCUUAUAAGGAUGUGGACGAUAGCUCUUUCUCUACUCCACCUUUUAGCUACGAGGAUAUAGCUACAAAGUUGUUAAAAGACCACUAUUUCCUGACUGCUUUAGAACUGCACACAGAGUUGGUGGAAAGUGGCAGGGAACUGCCGCAGUUAAGGGAAUUCUUUUCGAAUCCUGGAAACUUUGAGCAGCAUGUCUCUAGGGCGUCAGAAUUUGUUUCUAUGCACCGCACUCCAAGUCAGGCCACCCUAGACUCUCUGGAUACCGCAAGAUAUUCAGAGGAUGGGGGUGGGGACCGAGGAGGGAGCGGGGGAGAUGUGGCUGUCUUAGAGUUUGAGUUAAGGAAAGCCCGUGAGACUAUUAAUGCAUUACGGGCAAAUCUCACCCAGUUUGCAGAUGACUCUCCAGCUCUGGACAAAGAUUGCAAGGACAAGUUCAACGAGAGGACCCUCAAACCUCAUGAGAAGAGAGCUCUUAACUUCCUCAUCAAUGAAUACCUCCUCUUGCAGGGCUACAAACUUACUUCCAUUACAUUCUCUGAUGAAAAUCCUGAUCAGGAGUUUGAAGACUGGGAUGAUGUAGGUCUGAACAUGCCAAGACCGGCCGGUCUGGUGUCCUUAUUCUGGGGGAACACCAGCGCACUGACUGUUCCUAAGGUUGAUGCAUCCACACAGAUGGAAGAACUUAUAACUUGUGACACUGGCUGUCAGAUGGACAUGGAAGAAAAUGUGUGUGCUAGCUGUCAAACCUCCCUUGAUAAUGAUACUGAUUGGAAUCAUGAGCUUUUAAUUCAAGCAGAAGAAAUAGAACUUCUCAAACUGAAAGUAAUAGCACUAGAGACUGAAAAACUGAACUUCCAGAAACUAUAUGAUGCUGCCAUUGUUAGUUUAAACUCCCUCACAAGCCCUUCCGAUAGCAAAGCGCUGGACCUUCAAAUACCUGAAGACCGAUUAAUAUCUGCCCAAAUACAAGGUUCGGCCAAUCAGAAUCCCCAGUCAGUCAGUGAAACUGGAGAAGUCUGUCAGAUGGAUAUGACUGAACCGACACCAAUAACUAGUACAGCUACAGAGAACCAUUAUGGCAGUAGCAACUCUACCCACAGUGCAACACCUGAACAGUUUGAGAUGAUUGAUAAUGAAAAGAAUAGUAUGGCAAGAAAAGAAGGUUCAAACACGAGUUCCUUCGACCCAGCAGUGCUGAACGACACAAGUAUCCGUGAUUCUCCGCGUCGAGGCAGCGUCACCACCCUGGAUGAGACUCUGAGCAUCAAUGACGCCAGCGAGUGGACGCGAGUGCCCUAUGAGUACUCCAGCAUUGAAAGCACUAACAAGGAAAUGUGGAUUGAUAGCGGUCUUCCGAGCAACUUGAAGAUGGCAAUAUUGAACUGGUGUUGUGAGGCAUUGAACCUAAACGAGCCUUUAGCUAACGACCUGUUGUCAGAACUGAUCAACAAUGACAAGCCCAUCACUCUUACUGGACUUCUGACUUUGACUGCUGAUACUCUACCUAGAGUGCUGCCGCACACGCUGGUGGCGCGGCGCUGCGAGGCGGCGGCGCUGCUGGCAGCGGGCGCGGCGCUGCUGGCGCCAGGGGACGCACGCCGCGCGCGCACGCUGCACACGCUGCUCACGCUGGUCAAGCGGCCCACCAGGGCCGACGCCAGGGCCAUCUGCGAAGCAACAUGUCUCAUAGUGAAGUGGGGUGGCAGCGGCGAGGUCCUGUCUUCUAUAGCCGAACUAUUGUCCUCCAAAUCAGCCGAGCGACGGGUAUUAGCCAGCCAAAUCUGCGUGGCUAUAGCUCCAUACGUACCUAUAGAGCUGUGCACGUCAUUAUUACUUAGCCUGGUCGUACUCAUGUGUGAAUCUAGUGAGCCAGAUAUAAGAAGUUUGGGCCUGAAGUCGGCAUGUUUAAUAUGCCCAGUGGCGGAUCACAAGUACGGGCAACUAGAGAAUCUCAUGUUUAGUUUCCUAAACGACCCAGUGGAGAAGAAUGUUAAGGAUACUGUGAAUAUCUUCGUGCCUGUGUUAGCGAGGAGUGCGAUGACUGCAGGAAAAUUCUCCUUAAGCUUAUGUAGUAGAAUUGUCUCAAAUCUAGUGAAAGCAAGUACGGAAAACGACUUCAAGGCGGUCGUUUUAUACUUAGAAGUGAUGAGGGAAUUAGUAUUGGCCUCUUUGGCCUACGUAAUAAAUGUACAAAUAGUUAGAGACGUUACCCUGAGCUGUGAUAUGCAAGUAAAUUUACAAGAAGUGCCCUUGGAGGGGGAACAGGAAGGGUUCAUUGACCUGCAGUGUUACAUGACUGAUAACGCGGACGCUAAAAUGCUGCUUCUAACGAUGAAUAGCCUAAUCAAAGAGAAACCCGAUGUCAGAUGGACCGAGUUGACGUGGUUUAUUAAUUUAGUGAAACAAAUUCUAGAGAUAUCGACGAACAGCAAGGUGAUAAAUCACUCGUCUGCGUACGAGUUGAUUAUAUCGCUAUUCUAUAGUUACGUAGACAACUUCACGGCGAACUUCACGUUGUACAUUCUGAAGCCGAUAUUCAGUGAAAUCAUACAGGAUUUGGAACAGAAGAUGGAGAAGCUUCAUACAGUCAACGUGGACAGUACCGUUGUGGUUGGAGUGUACCUGGUGACAAUAUUGCCUGCGCUCGAGGAUAAGGCGCAACAUGCCGAGUUUUUGCAGAAAUGGGUUGUGUACAGCAGCAUACGAGGGCUUCCAGUGAAAAUUCUCUCCAUACCACUCAAGUGGGUGGCCACGCACAGGGAGGACACACUCAACUUCUACAUUCAACACCUUCGAGAAUUCGCAGCGAGCAGCUGUGAGAGUUCAAGCGGCGGCGGCAUGCGCGCGUACAUCGCGGCGCUGAUCACCGAGCUGGUCAACAGCUGCGACGUGCACGAGCCCUGCCUCGAGCAACAACUGCUGCCCGCCGUCAUCGCACUGCUGCACGACGACGACCCGGUGGUCCGCGAAGUAGCAAUUACCGCGUGGGGUAGCGUGACUAGAAGCUGCCUUACCCGCAACCUCGCCUGCGAGGCGCAAUGUUGGACGGCGGUGGAAGAGUUGAACUCGCGGCCUCUCAGCGGGAAGGAGGCUGCGCGCGCAGCUGAGGCCGCGGCUCUGUUGGUACUGCCCACUGCUGACAGUCAUUCUGUGUCUGAGAAAGCGGUGUCGCUGGUGUGCUCGCUGUGCUGGGCGCGGCCGGCGGCGGGCGGCGAGGCGCUGCUGGCGCUCACGGCGGGGCUGCAGCUGGCCGCGCACCACGCGCCGCGGCACCCGCGCCUGCUGCCCGCGCUCAGGAAACUAGAAGAAACGGUGCAGUCGCCGUCACUGUCGCAAUACAAACCGGCUAUAGAGGCGUUGCUGCACAACGUGGCUGGUCCGAGUACAUUAUCGGAAGCCCCGCGGGAACCGCAGCGCCCGGCGACCAACCUACAAGCCGCGCAGGAGGUCGGCCGCCGGGUCACACAGAUGUUCCAACAGUCCAAGACCAAUAUACACUUACAGAGCAUUUUUAAAAAGAAAACGUAGCGAUAUUUAUUGCAGACUCGCAAACAGAUACUGCUGAAGCGGUCGACUUGAGACCAGUCGCACUUUGGACGAAUUUGUCUCGUACGAACACGCAGGAACAAUCGCAAUUUACCAAUAACUAUGGGAGCGCGCACACUGGACGCGAGUUGGUAGACGUACUCCAGUAUUCGUUCAUAAUUCAAAUUCAUAUUAUCCAUAGCACGACCUGCCUAACAUCUCGCUGAUGCAACCCCCUUCCCACUUCACCGCGCGGAACCCCGCCCACGCUUAGUGAGUCCCUAUUUAACGUAACAUGAUUAGAAUGACAGCAGGACAGAGAUUAGUACAUCCUCUGAUCCGAAAGAGAGGAUGGGUACGUCUCUUUCGCACUAAACGUGUACAGCGUAGUACGAAAGAGACGAGAGAUAUGACACUCUAUAAUGCUACGUUAAAUAGCGUAUAAAGCUGCGUACGAGUACGCACGUUGUGUAUGGGCUAUUACGUCAUUUGCGCGAGAUGUUAAGUUGACUCGCACCGGUUACUAGUGAAGGUCUGAAAAUGUAAACAAAAACUACCGUCAGCAAAAUAAAACUAAUUCUAACAGUAUAAGUAUCGCAAAAGUGAGAGGGAGCAACACAAUUAUUUUCUCUUUCGCUCUUACGUAACCUAUACCUGCUCUAAUAGACUACUAAAGUCACCGCGGUUGUUUAUAUACAUGCGCACAACUACAUACUUACAUGUAGACUUCAACUUAUGGAUGACGAAAGAGUCGCCGUGGCAAGAAUCGCCUGUGCACAAUAACCUGGGGGUUAAAAGGGCCACAUCGAAGCAACUCAUCUAAAAAGCAAUAUUGCAAUUUGACAUUUGCGCAUAUAGUAAGUGCGCAAUGCUAACAAAUGUCAAAUAGCAUUAUUGCUUUUUUAGAUGAAUCGCUUCAAUGUGGCCUUUUUAACCCCCUGUACAAAGUAUUAUAGUAUGUGCACAGUGGGUCACAACGUCACAACUAAAUGUUUGCAGGUACUUUUUGUUUAUUUUUUAAGACAAUUAUAUUUAAAUUAACUUUUUUUUGUUACUAGACCAAUCUCGUAAAGGUUGAGCAUGCUCCGCUACGAGUCCAGACCGAUUUAAGAAAACGGUUUUACAUUAUGGUCUAAAAUUACGUAUACACUUUUCCAUAACGCGUUGAUUUAGAAGAGAUAGUUCCAUUAAAAUGUUUUAAAACUAGAAAGUUAAAAUAUAUUUAUAUGGAUGUGUCAAAGUGCUGUAAUAUAUUAGACGAAAAUAGUAAUUAAUGCGCAACAGAAUAUUUCCCAAGUCAGCUUAAAAGUUGCCAAUAAUGCCUAUAACGUGCUUCAAAUAACUCAAUCUCUAUGUUGUAGUUCCACCGGUAGAUAUCGUAUCUUCACUUACAUAGUUGACAUAGAAGAGCCGUGGUAGCCCAGUUGAUAGAACGGUUGCCUCUCACUUUGAGGUCGCAGGUUCGAAUCCAGCACAGGCCUAAACCAACGAUUGUCGAAUUUGUUUACGAAUUCAUGUUUGGAUCAUAAAUGAUUAUCACGUGCUCAGUGGUGAAGGAAAACAUCGUGAGGAAACCCACAUUCCCGAGCAAUGCAUUUUCGGAGGUAUGUGAUCUAACCUGUAUUGGGCUGGUUUUCCCUUCGCGGGUUGAAAGGUCAGACAGGCAGUCGCUUCUGUAAAAAACCGGACCUGUCAAAUCUUCAGGUUAGGUAAGCGGACCUUAUGAAAAACGGGAUAAUGCUAGGGAGAUGACUUACAUAGUUGACAUAAUAAUGUUAAUAAACUCAUAUUAACUUAAAUGAAUUUAAUGUACCCGAAUAUUUUAUAAGUACUGGUAUAUUUUAAUAGGUACAGUACAAAACUUAGUGCAAUAAACACAUUGUUAUGUAAUAUAAAAUAUAAUAAAUACUAUGCAACUGACAAAAUUGUAGAUAACAGCCAUGAAUUGACAAAACAUUCCUGUAUUAUAUAGUAAGUGCUUGUUGGUGCUUCCUUUUUAAUAUUUAAAAUUUUAUCCUUGUGUAAGUACUUAUUAUUUGUAUUUUGUUUUUUUUUAUAUUGUAAUUUCACCCAUCCAAUCAUUAUAAGUAUUAUUUUAUUGUUGCUUUACGAAUGUUUCUAUUGUGAACGUUAUUUAGUUGAUGUUUAUUAUUAACGGGGUUUUAAGUAAUUGUAUUGCUUUAUGACUGAACUGUAAGGCUCUGUAAUUUGGAGUUAUGUACUUAUGUAAUAUUACUAGUUUACUGAAUCUCGUUCUUUUUUCGAAAAGGUAUAAAUAAUCGUUAAAUGUAACAUAGGCGCUGUCCCCACGAGCGAGAGAAUCGCGGGGGUAUUAUCGUCAUGCCACGUAUUUCUAUACUUUCUCCUUGGAGCCGUCUCCACACGGCGAUAUUAUCGCGGCGAUGUUUUGAGUGGCAAUGAGCGCAGGAAACGUCAUUACAUACCCGCGGGCCCGUCGCGCGCUCGUGGAGCUCUCGCACCGAGAGCGUGGCGCGGCUGUCAAACGCAGCGUCAUUUCAGCAUUGCCAAGCUUUUUAAACAAUAAGUGCAAUGUUUGAAAUUGAAAAGUCGUCAAGGAAAAGCGGGGAUUCCGUCGCGGACACGCUGCGAUUCCGUUACGACUCGCGACGAUACCCGGCGGAAUUAUCGCUCGUUCGUGGAGAUUCUCCGACGAUAGAAGGGCGGACUCGUCGCGAUUCUCUCGCUCGUAGAGACAGCGCCUAAGGCCUUCUUUUGUUUAUGACACAACACGUCCCUCACUAACUACUGUGUAAUGCCUGUUUGAUGCUCCUUCUAUCGUGUGGGUUGUGAGGUGGAAUACCAACCUUAUCAACCCUGCUGUCAUUGUUACUAUGCUUAUAUGAGCAUGUUUUCUAUCAUUUAUCGACAAGUGGCAUAAAAUGUCUGAUAAAAGUGAUAUAAAAUUUGCCAGUCAAUUCUAAUGAUAAAAGCGAUAAAAAAUGCCAGUCAUCUCUAAAAAUAAAUAUGCCUUAAAGUAAUGGGACUAAGAAGCAAGCAAUUGUGUGAUAAUAGUUUUGAUAUGUUGCAUACCAUUCCCUGAACGUUAAACAAAAGUGUAAUUCUUAAUAAAUAUCUUAUUUUCCAAAAGUUUUCCAAACAAUGCAUAGGUUGUGUCUAAAUAAAUUUAUUUUACAAU